AUGAAGGAGAAUAUCGAUCUCGCCCUUCGCACGGCGCGUGCCCCGCCAAUCGCAGAGGAUGAGGCUGUCGCCAACACCGACAGUGACACGGACUCUGAUAGCGAGUGGGAAGAAACACCAGGCAACCUCUUUAUAGAGGUUCCAAACUACACACCACUGCCGAUUGCCGAGGCCGAAGUCCGCCUCCAAAGUUUACAGCAAUUCGUCGCAAGACCACCAGAAUUGCAUGGUUUCUUUUGUCCAAUCGACGGUUGUGACGAAACCUAA